UCUCUCUCUCUCUCUCUCUCUCUCCAAUGUGUAUUGCUGUAAAGGAGGCACCCUAAUUAUUGCACCAGUUUCUGUUUCCUUUUUGUUUUGCUUGCUUCACCCGAUACACCGAUGACUGAAUUUUUCUCUUUAAACUGCUUUUUUUUUCUGCUUCUUUUUUUUUAAAAAAAAAAUUGGAAAAUCCUCUGAACUUUGAGGGUUGCACUGGGUAUGGUGGUAGGACCAUUAGUUUUGCAGCAUGAUCUGAUUUAUCACCUGCUGCAUAUUCAUGGAAAAUUGAAUGGAGUUUAGUUUAAGAAUAAAAUUAAAUGGCGGGUGGUGCGCAUGCCGGGGAGGUGGUAAUUUUGGUCUGGGAGUGUCUGUCUAGCUUCAAAAAUAUGGUUAGCCUUCGAUUCGACUAUAUGUGCGCAUGUUCAUAAUAUAUCUAUAUAAUAUGGCUGCAUUGGAAGUGCAUAAAAUUCCAGAGUAAUCAAAUGUGGUAUGCUGGUUUUAAAUGGGCCCUCUUUGUGUGAUUUUGGAGAAGAUCUCCAAUGGAUUUGAUUUGUUAGGCACCGGUGCCACACACCAAACUUGGAAACAAAAAGAUAAACUUGUUCGAAUGCCAGAAUCAGGAUGCUUUCUCCAAUGGCUCAUCCCCUUUCCGCAAACUGUUCUUUUAUACAUUUGUGUGUGUUGUUUUACUGGCCCAGAUAUAUGUGUUCCUCAUAAUCAUGUGCACUUAGUUGAAUAUUUAUUUUCCUUUUAAUUGGUAACAAAAACCCACCUGUUCAGGACAUAUUGCGUAGACAAGACUAAGUAGCAAAUGGAGAAAGAAAAAGCUUGCAAAGCACAUGUUGUGGUGCUUGCAUAUCAUGGACAAGGCCACAUAAAUCCAAUUGUACAAUUUUCUAAACGUCUGGCCUCGAAAGGAAUCAAGGUCACAGUAACUACCAUACUCUCAACUACCAAGACCAUGCAAUCAACAGCUGGCUCAAUUACAUUUGAAUCAAUAUAUGAUGAUUGCAGCGAAGGUGGGACGGCAGGAGCUGGAGGAUUUAAGGGCUUUCUUGACAGGUUUGAAGCUAGUGGUUCACGGAACUUAACUGAACUCAUUAGGAAACAAGAAAACUCUGAUUACCCAGUGAAGUGCCUCGUCUAUGAUGCUAACAUACCAUGGGCUUCAAAUAUAUUCAAGCAGUUUGCAAUACCUGGGGCAGCAUUCUUUACGCAGUCAUGUGCUGCUAUUGCUAGUUACUAUCCCAUGUACUGUGAGAUAUCGGGGGAGCCUCUGCCGGCGCUUGAUUUUCCACUGUCUGGAUUGCCAGCACCUGUAAUUCCGAAUAUGCCAUCAAUGGGUCCUACUACAGGACGCUUCCCCCCAAUGUUCCUGAACAUACUGAGUCAGUUCACUAACAUUGAGAAAGCAGAUUGGGUCCUUUUCAACUCCUUUGAUAAGUUGGAAGAAGAGGUGGUGAAAUGGAUGUCAAAUCUCUGGCCUAUCAGGACAAUUGGACCAACUGUGCCGUCUAUUUACCUGGACAAGCGAGUGGAAAAUGACAACGGUUACGGUUUCAAUAUGUAUAAGCCAAAUACUGACGCCUGCAUGAAGUGGCUUAACACUAAGGAGAUUGGGUCAGUUGUGUAUGUUUGUUUUGGGAGUGCUGCAAGUUUGCAUGUGGAGCAGAUGGCAGAGAUGGCAGAGGCUCUGAGGCAAACCAGCAGCAGCUUCUUGUGGGCAGUGAAGCCAAGCGAACAAAGCAAGCUUCCCACUAAUUUUGUUGAGGAGACAUCAGAGAAGGGAUUGGUAGUGACAUGGUGCCCUCAAUUGGAGGUGUUAGCCCAUCAAGCUGUAGGAUGCUUCAUAUCACACUGUGGGUGGAAUUCAACUGCAGAGGCAAUAAGCUUUGGGGUACCUAUGGUGGCAAUGCCGCAGUUUUUAGACCAGAUGACUAACGCGCAUUUUGUGGAGCAAGUUUGGGGAGUGGGAGUUAAACCCAAGGCAGAUGAAAAAGGUCUUACAAAUAGUGUAGAAAUUGGUGAGUGCAUCAAUUUAAUUAUGAAUGGGGAGAGAGGACAAGAGAUUAAAAAGAAAGCUAUUCAUUGGAAGGAGUUGGCUAAGCAAGCAAUAGACGAGGGAGGAAGUUCAGACAAGUAUAUUGAUGAAAUCGUUGCUCGGCUUGUGGCCAACUGAUUUUUGGCUCUGCUUGCUAAAAAAAAGUUAUUUUUCUUAUUAAUAGAAAGUCCUAUGUGUGUGUGUGUGUGUUUUUUUUUUUUUUGAGACAUGUCUUCUCUUUUAUGGUGGAAUUGGCUGUCUGCUAAGCUUUGCUGAGUGAUGGUGUUUGUGUCUUGAAGGGGGGAAGAUAAUGUUUGAGUUAUCAUGGUCGAAAAACAAGAUUAUGAUCUGUUGUUUGAGAAAUGCCUCAUAUAUGGCAGUGAGAAAUUCAUAUAUGUAUGUUAAGUAGAGCCGUUGUUUAUAUUUUGCGAACCAUAUACUUGGACUUGUAUUCAUUGGCAUAAAGAAUUGAAUUAUAGCAUUGCGAAGCCAUAUAUACAUGUACAUGUAGAGCACCAUCUGUUCUGAGAGUGAUGAU